CUAUCGAUCAUCCAAAUAUUUCUCUCUUUGCUUUGCUUUGUUUCUCUGAAAGCGAAAAUGGCGUUUGUCACCGCCACAGCUGGUGUUCAAGUUCUGAUCAAGAGUCAACCAGACACGUUCUGGACUAAAAUUCAAGAUUCCGCAAAUUCGUUUCCUCAAGCCGCACCUAGCCUAUAUACAUCAAUUCUUAUCAGCGGCACGGGGGUGCGCAAAGUCGAGUAUGGCCCAGAUUCUCAGAAUAUCAAAACCUCGUCUGAGCUUAUCACUGAAAACAGCUUGGGAAAAUUAGCUUACACUGUAACUGCUGGUGAUAUCCUCCAAAAAUAUGAUGUCAACAACUUCCAAGCUGUAAUAAUUCACCCAAAUAGUGAGAAAUGGGUGGGAUGGACCUGGACUUAUAACUAUCUCCCCGAGAAUAAAGCAAGAGCUCUUCAGCUUGAUGCAGAGAUUGCAGUGAUUGCAGUGAAGACCUUGACAGAACUUGAUAACUAUAUUCAAAACAAGUCAACCUAAAUUGCAUGGAUGACCUUAAAGCGCGCGCGCGCGCAUAUAUAUAUAUAUAUAUAUAUAUAUAUAUAUAUAUAUAUAUAUAUAUAUAUAUAUAUAUAUAGUAUGUAAAUAAAACAGAGCCUUGCUCUGCACUCAUCCAUGCAUGUCUGCUAGAUUAUUGUGUCUGUGUGUGUACCUAACAAUGUGCUACGUGUGGUGUAGUAAUAAAUAAAGCAGAGUCCUAUGUAUGCUUAAUGCUCUGCACUUUAUCCUAUAAUUGUCUGCGUUAUGCUAUCUACUUUCUCCAUUAAAAUAAAAUCCAGCUUUAGCUGGUUCAUGUGGUA